GAUAGUUUACCUCUGUGUCUCUAGAAAGUUUCUGAAGAACGAAAGCGCGGAGAGCAACUUAAUUGAAAGGAAAAAGGAGGAUUUAAUUUUCAAAAUCAAGAGACGAGAAAAUGACGCGAAAAAAAUUAAAAAAAAUUAAAUUUCUCCUUUUCUCCUUCCUCUGAUCCUCGUCAUCUCACUUCGAUUUCAGCUUCUUCAGAGAUACAUUGGAGCGAUUGGUGAAAGUUUUGAUCUUUCAUAGGAAAAGAAUCCUGUGAUAGGUCCACCCUAUCAAAACCUUUAGCGUGAGUACUUUUGGAGUGUUUCUUUGGGUUUUGAUGCGUGUCUGCCCAGAUUUUAGUGGAAGCAUGGGGGUUUUGGUUCUUGGAUUUACGCUUGGUUUGGACAUUUUGAAUGAAUUUGGGGUUUCUUAUAGAAUUUAGGAUUUUGGUGCUUUAUAUUAGUGUAAGAAGCCAGGAUUUAGAUUGAUAAGAUUAACAAUGUCGAUGGCUAGUGUAGCUCUUAGUCCUGUGCAUGAUGAGUCUUUCGAUUCUCAUCGCAAUUUCCCUUGGCUGUGUGGUCUGCACUCUAGUGACUCUAUUGUAAUUUUUCUUGUUGUUGGGAGAUCAAUCAUUCCAUUGCAAGCUAUGGAGUCAGAUUCGAUUGCUUCGGUGAAGCUGAGGAUUCAAGCUUCCAAAGGUUUUUCUGUGAAGAAGCAAAAAUUGGUUUUUGAGGGGAGGGAACUAGCACGAGGCAAUUCUCAAGUGAGAGAUUAUGGUGUUGCAGAUGGAAAAGUACUGCAUUUGGUGGUCAGGUUUUCAAAUCUCCAAGCUAUAACAGUAGGGACUGUUUGUGGGAAAGUGUACGAGUUUCGUGUUGAUAGGGGUAGAAGUGUAGGCUAUGUUAAGAAGCAGAUAGCUAAGAGAGGGAAAGGUUUAGAUCUUGUUGAUCAAGAACUGGUAUGUGAUGGUGAGGAGCUUGAAGACCAGAGGCUCAUUACUGAUAUUUGCAAAAGUAAUGAUGCUGUGAUUCACCUGCUCAUCUGCAAAUCAGCCAAAGUAAGGGGAAAACCUGUUGAGAAAGAUUUUGAAUUGUCUAUUGAGGCAUUGGAUUUGAAUGAGAAGAAAGCUGACUCUGUAGGAGAGCACCAACAGGGUGCUUUAUCUAUGGGAUGUAGGGUUAUAGAGAGGAAACCACUAUUACGAGAAUUCCUUCUGGAACCUCUAAUUGUCAAUUCCAAAAUCCAACUGCCAUUAGUUAUCAGAGAGCUAUUCAAGUCUACUUUCAAUGGGUUGGAUAGGGGCAAUGAACCGAUUCGAUCUUCUGAGGGAUCUGGGGGAGCUUAUUUCAUGCAAGAUUCAUCUGGUCAGAAAUAUGUUUCUAUCUUUAAACCAAUUGAUGAGGAGCCAAUGGCUGUAAAUAAUCCUCAUGGGCUACCCUUGUCAAUUGAUGGUGAGGGAUUGAAGAAAGGCACAAGAGUAGGAGAAGGUGCACUGAGGGAAGUUGCAGCUUACAUCUUGGAUCAUCCAAAGAGCGGACCCCGCUCAUUUUCUGGUGAGGAGAGAGGCUUUGCUGGGGUUCCACCCACAGCAAUGGUCAAGUGCCUCCACAGAGGAUUCAAUCAUCCCAAUGGUUAUGAAUUUGAUUCCAAGAAUAUCAAAAUUGGUUCAUUGCAGAUGUUCAUGGAGAAUGAUGGAAGUUGUGAAGAUAGGGGCCCUAGUUCUUUCCCUGUUGCUGAGGUGCACAAAAUCUCUGUGUUGGACAUUAGAUUGGCUAAUGCAGAUAGGCAUGGUGGGAACAUAUUGGUCAGUAAAGAUAGUGAACAUGGCCAGAUUGUGCUUAUUCCAAUUGAUCAUGGCUACUGCUUUCCUACAAAUUUUGAGGAUUGCACAUUUGACUGGCUUUACUGGCCUCAAGCUCAACAACCGUACUCUCAUGACUCUGUUGAGUACAUCAAGGCUCUGGAUGCUGAGCAGGAUAUUGCACUUCUCAGGUUUCACGGGUGGGAUAUGCCACCUGAGUGUGCUCGCACCCUCUGUAUCUCCACAAUGCUCCUGAAGAAAGGUGCAGAGAGAGGUCUUACUCCCUUUGCCAUUGGAAGCAUCAUGUGCAGAGAAACAGUGAGGAAGGAAUCUGUGAUUGAGCAGAUUGUGCAAGAAGCUCAGGAUUCUGUUCUCCCAGGAAGCGGUGAGGCUACCUUCCUUGAAGCUGUAUCACUAAUCAUGGAUCGUCAUCUUGAUAAGCUGUCCUCGUGAGUGCAGAAUAUAACUUGUAGAUAUGUUACUUAUGUGCAUUAGCUAUCAUGCCCAUGCAUGGAGUAUGAAUGAUGGGACCUUUACCAUAUUUUACUGGUCUGUGGUCCUGGGCCAUCCGCGACUGGUUGCCGGAACUUGUGGGCCCCAUCUCUUCUCUUGUUAUUGUCCUUUACGCCCUCCAUCGAUUGAAAAUUGCUCUCAACAAUUAACCUUUAAAAUAUGUCUUUGUUGAUUUCGUUUCACCUU